AUGGCGAAUUGGCGCAUACUGAAUCGGAGUCGUAUUAACAAUAAAUUAUAUCCAAUUCGGGAGAUGUCACGCGACUCGUGGGGAAACGCCAUAUUAGGUAAUUUCAGCCAAAAUUCCCGAAUUCGAAUGUUACUGCCAAAAUUCUAUAUCAGACGAGAAAAAUGCGCCAGAUUCCCCGCGGUACCAACAGUAACGAACGGAUUUUAUCGUCCAUCAGUCGAUGUGAGUGAAACAGACAAGAGCUACCUCAUCGAAGCCGAAGUACCCGGCAUGAAAAAGGAGGACCUGUUAGUUGAAUUUAUUGACGAUGGCACUUUGAUCCUUAAAGGAAAAACCGAAAGAGCUAGGCAAGAAGGUACCCUUCCAGAAGGCGCUGAAGGAAUGAAAACCACCGACACGACUUCCGAAGGUAGAACAAACAAUGGAGGGGAUACCUCAGUGGUCGAAGCUACGGGUGAGAUCAGAGAACCAACAUAUUGGUCCAGCGAAAGGGUUCUGGGUAGCUUCCAACGGUCAUUUCAAUUUCCGGGUAAAGUUGAUCCAAAUAAUGUUAAGGCGGCUUACAAAGAUGGAAUCUUAUCAAUUACUGUACCUAAAGCUGAGCGGCAUGGUACAAAGAUUAGUAUUGAGUGA